AUGGGCUGCAACCACAGUACGCUGUCGUCCCGCGCCGGUGACGACGACACGGCGCGGCAGCGGGCGUCGUCGGCGCCCGCCGUGCCGCAGCCCUCGCUGCACGUGCCCUCCGUGUCGAUGCGGGCGACGGGGCGCAAUUCCGUGCACAGCGCCGACUGGGCCGACGCCGAUACGCUCGACCCGCUCCAGAUUGCCUACUACAUUCCGCCCCAAAACGUAGCGCGCGUCCGAGCUAUUCCGUCCUCGUACAUGAAGACCGAGGUGGGGCAUUGGCUCGGGCGGCCGGUGCUGCUCAAGUCGGUCGACACGACACGGUCGGACGAGGAGCAAGCGCGCAUGCGGCAGAAGCUCACGGCCGAGAUCCAGUCGAUGGCGCGCAUGAACCACCCCAACAUUGUUCAAUUUCUCGGUUUUUACAUCACGCCGAACCGGGACGUGUGCUGCAUCACCGAGUUUGCCGAGGGCGGGACGCUGCGCCACCUCCUCGACAACCGUAACGUCUUGGAGCGGCUCACGUGGGGCCUGGAGAAGAUCGCACUCGCUAUCGACAUUGCCUCGGCGCUCGCGGCCAUGCACGUGCUCAAGCCGACGCUCAUUCAUCGCAACGUCAAGGCGUCCAAAGUGCUUUUGACGUCCGAGAAGAUCGCCAAGCUCAGCGGCUUUGGCGUCGCGCGCGAAAAGACGUUCGAGUACGACAUGGCGAGCGGCGUCAGCGAUUUGCAGUGGUCGGCGCCCGAGCUGCUCUUGGACGGCGAAGACUACAACGAGCAAGUGGACGUCUAUGCCUUUGGGAUGCUCUUGACCGAGCUCGACACGGGCGCCAUUCCGUUUGCGACGGAAAUGGCCUCGAUGCAGCAGGACGAGCUCAGGGCCAAGAUCACGGCUGGCGUCCUUCGGCCCAAACUGUCGCCGACGUGCCCGCAGGUCAUUCGGAAUAUCGUGACGCAGUGCCUCCAGCAAGACCCGCGACUGCGCCCGCGCAGUGACAAGGUGCUCGCCAUGCUCCAAGACGCCCAGAUUGCCCUUGAAAAAGAAUGUGAAAACGACGUACCAUAAUAGAACGGUUAAAAAACUAAAAGACUGCAGUGCAAGGAACGG